GUGAGUUUUUUAUUAAUGAUAAAAUUGAGAUUUAUCUUAGUAGUGAUGCUGUUCAGGUAAGUAUGUGGCAAACUUUAAAGUUUCAAUAGGUUUAAAUGACUCUUGUAUCUGAAUUCCAAUUCAGUUUUGGAAGUCCAGUCCAAGUAUCCUUGCUGUGCAGAGAUCAACAGUGCUCAAGAAGCAACAACAGCAGAAGGCAGCCUCAUCAGACAGUGGUUCAGAAGAGGAUUCAUCAAACAGUGAAGACUCUGCAGAUGACUCUUUCAGAGAAACCAAGAAGAAAAAACAUAGAGAUGAAGACUGGCAAAUGUCUGGGUCAGGGUCAGUGUCAGGAACUAGUUCUGAUUCUGAAUCAGAUGAAGAUAGAGAGAAAAACAGUUGUGAAGAUAGUGAAUCUGACUAUGAACCAAAAAACAAGGUCAAAAGCCGGAAACCUCCAAGCAGAAUUGAGCCAAAAAGCAGCAAAAAAAUUGCAGGACAGAAAAAGAGGCAGCCUGAUUCAUCAGAUGAUGAUGACUACGACAAGAGAGUAUCUCGUCGCCAGGCAACAGUCAAUGUUAGUUACAAAGAAACUGAAGAAACCAAGACAGAUUCUGAUGAGUUGUUGGAAGUUUGUGGAGAAGAUGUCCCACAGACUGAAGAAGAUGAAUUUGAAACUAUAGAGAAGUUUAUGAAUAGUCGAAUUGGCCGAAAAGGAGCUACUGGUGCUGCAACCACCAUCUAUGCAGUUGAGGCAGAUGGUGACCCAAAUAUGGGAUUUGAAAAGACAAAAGAGCUAGGAGAAAUACAGUAUCUUAUUAAAUGGAAAGGCUGGUCGCACAUCCAUAAUACAUGGGAAACUGAGGAAACACUGAAGCAACAAAAUGUUAAAGGAAUGAAGAAACUGGACAACUAUAAGAAAAAGGUUCAGGAAACAAAACGCUGGCUGAAAAAUGCUUCUCCAGAAGACGUGGAAUAUUAUAACUGCCAGCAGGAACUUACAGAUGAUCUACAUAAACAGUAUCAAAUAGUGGAGAGGAUAAUUGCUCAUUCAAAUCAGAAAUCAGCAGCUGGUUAUCCAGAUUAUUAUUGCAAAUGGCAAGGUCUGCCUUACUCAGAAUGUAGCUGGGAAGACGGUGCUCUCAUUGCCAAAAAAUUUCAGGCAUGUAUUGAUGAGUAUUUUAGCAGAAACCAAUCCAAGACCACUCCAUUUAAGGACUUCAAGAUUUUAAAACAGAGACCGAGGUUUGUUGCGCUAAAGAAGCAACCAUCUUAUAUUGGAGGACAUGAAGGUUUAGAGUUAAGAGAUUAUCAGUUAAAUGGACUGAACUGGCUUGCUCACUCGUGGUGCAAAGGAAAUAGUUGUAUUCUUGCAGAUGAAAUGGGUCUGGGUAAAACAAUACAAACAAUUUCUUUUCUGAACUACCUGUUUCACGAACAUCAACUGUAUGGACCUUUCUUGCUAGUCGUGCCACUUUCUACCUUGACAUCUUGGCAAAGAGAAAUUCAAACUUGGGCUCCUCAGAUGAAUGCUGUGGUUUACUUAGGAGAUAUAACUAGCAGAAAUACGAUAAGAACUCAUGAAUGGAUGCAUCCACAGACCAAGCGAUUAAAAUUUAAUAUACUUCUAACAACUUAUGAAAUUUUGCUGAAGGAUAAGUCAUUCCUUGGUGGUCUGAAUUGGAUAUUUAUAGGAGUUGACGAAGCUCAUCGUUUAAAAAAUGACGAUUCCCUUCUGUACAAGACUUUAAUAGACUUUAAGUCUAAUCAUCGUCUUCUUAUUACCGGAACCCCUCUGCAAAACUCCCUUAAAGAGCUUUGGUCUUUGCUGCACUUCAUCAUGCCAGAAAAGUUUUCUUCCUGGGAAGUUUUUGAAGAGGAGCACGGCAAAGGGAGAGAGUUUGGUUAUGCAAGUCUUCACAAAGAACUUGAACCAUUUUUACUCAGAAGAGUUAAAAAAGAUGUAGAAAAGUCUUUACCUGCUAAGGUUGAACAAAUUUUGAGGAUGGAAAUGAGUGCAUUGCAGAAACAAUAUUACAAGUGGAUUUUAACCAGGAAUUAUAAAGCCCUGAGUAAAGGUUCAAAAGGUAGUACCUCAGGCUUUUUGAACAUUAUGAUGGAACUCAAGAAGUGUUGUAACCAUUGCUACCUCAUUAAACCACCGGAUGAUAAUGAAUUCUAUAAUAGACAGGAGGCCUUACAGCAUUUAAUACGUAGCAGUGGGAAACUAAUCCUUCUUGACAAGCUACUAAUUCGCCUACGAGAACGUGGCAACAGAGUACUGAUUUUCUCUCAGAUGGUGAGGAUGCUAGACAUCCUAGCAGAGUAUUUGAAGUAUCGUCAGUUUCCCUUUCAGAGACUUGAUGGAUCAAUAAAAGGGGAAUUGAGGAAACAAGCAUUGGAUCAUUUUAAUGCAGAAGGCUCAGAGGACUUCUGCUUUUUGCUGUCUACCAGAGCUGGAGGAUUAGGUAUAAAUUUGGCAUCUGCUGACACUGUAGUUAUAUUUGAUUCUGAUUGGAAUCCACAGAAUGAUCUGCAGGCACAGGCUAGAGCUCAUAGGAUUGGACAGAAGAAACAGGUUAAUAUUUAUCGGCUAGUCACAAAAGGAUCAGUAGAAGAAGAUAUUCUUGAAAGAGCCAAGAAAAAGAUGGUGUUAGAUCACUUAGUAAUUCAGAGAAUGGAUACUACAGGGAAAACCAUACUACAUACAGGCUCUACUCCCUCCAGCUCAACACCUUUUAAUAAGGAAGAGCUGUCAGCAAUUUUGAAGUUCGGUGCUGAGGAACUUUUUAAAGAACCUGUAGGGGAAGAAGAGGAGCCUCAGGAAAUGGAUAUAGAUGAAAUCCUGAAGAGGGCUGAAACUCGAGAAAAUGAACCAGGCCCGCUGACUGUAGGAGAUGAGUUGCUUUCACAGUUCAAGGUGGCUAAUUUUUCCAAUAUGGAUGAAGAUGACAUUGAGUUGGAACCAGAACAAAAUUUAAGAAACUGGGAAGAAAUCAUUCCAGAAGUCCAGCGUCGACGAAUAGAAGAGGAGGAAAGACAAAAAGAGCUUGAAGAAAUAUAUAUGCUCCCAAGGAUGAGAAACUGUGCAAAACAGAUCAGCUUUAAUGGAAGUGAAGGGAAACGCAGUAGGAGGAGAAGAUAUUCUGGAUCUGAUAGUGACUCAGUCUCAGAAAGAAAACGACCAAAAAAACGUGGAAGACCUCGAACUAUUCCUCGAGAAAAUAUUAAAGGAUUUAGUGAUGCAGAGAUUAGGCGGUUUAUCAAGAGUUACAAGAAAUUUGGUGGUCCACUUGAAAGGUUAGAUGCUAUAGCUAGAGAUGCUGAGCUAGUUGAUAAAUCUGAGAUGGACCUUAGACGUCUGGGAGAACUUGUACAUAAUGGAUGCAUUAAGUCUUUAAAGGACAAUUCCUUCGGACAAGAAAGAGCAGGAGGUAGAUUUGGGAAAGUUAAAGGCCCAACAUUUCGAAUAUCAGGAGUGCAGGUGAAUGCAAAGCUAGUCAUUUCUCAUGAAGAAGAGUUGGCACCAUUGCACAAAUCCAUUCCUGCAGAUCCAGAAGAAAGGAAAAGAUAUGUCAUCCCAUGCCACACCAAGGCAGCUCAUUUUGAUAUAGAUUGGGGUAAGGAAGAUGAUUCCAAUCUGUUAAUAGGUAUCUAUGAAUAUGGCUAUGGCAGCUGGGAAAUGAUAAAAAUGGAUCCUGAUCUCAGUUUGACACAGAAGAUUUUACCUGAUGAUCCAGAUAAGAAACCCCAGGCCAAGCAGUUGCAGACUCGUGCAGAUUACCUCAUUAAAUUAUUGAAUAAAGACCUUGCAAGAAAAGAAGUGCAAAGACUUACUGGUGCAGGCAAUUCAAAGAGGAAGAAAACAAGAAGUAAGAAUAGAGCAUCAAAGGCUGCAAAAAUUAAAGAAGAAAUAAAAAGUGACUCCUCAUCACCACCCUCAGAAAACUCUGAUGAAGAUGAUGAGCAUAAUGAGGAUAAGAUUGUUUCAGUGAAACGUCCACAUAAAAAAAUAAAAGCAAAAGAAGAAAUUGAAGAAAAACCUGAGUCAGAUAUUGGUAUAAAGAAGGAAGAUGAAGAAAAAAGAGAGACAAGAGAAAAAGAAAACAAGAGGAAUCUGAAAAGGGAGAAAAAAGAAAAAGAGGAUAAGAAAGAAUUAAAAAAUAUUAAAGAAAAGAGAGAAAACAAAGUAAAAGAAUCCAUGCAGAAAGAAAAAGAAGUAAAGGAAGAAAAGGCAAAUGAAAUCAAAUCUGAAAAUAAAGAAAAAAAUAAAAAAGUUUCAUUGUUGGAUAUUCCAGUUCAUAUUACUGCAACUAGUGAACCAGUUCCAAUAUCAGAUGAAUCUGAAGAACUGGAUCAGAAAACAUUCAGUGUGUGCAAAGAAAGAAUGAGGCCUGUCAAAGCAGCAUUGAAACAAUUGGAUAGACCAGAGAAAGGCCUUUCUGAAAGGGAACAGUUGGAGCAUACUAGACAGUGCCUAAUCAAAAUUGGGGACCACAUUACUGAAUGUCUAAAGGAGUACACAAAUCCUGAACAAAUUAAACAGUGGAGAAAAAACUUGUGGAUUUUUGUCUCUAAGUUUACAGAAUUUGAUGCCAGAAAGCUGCACAAGCUGUAUAAACAUGCAAUCAAAAAACGCCAAGAAUCUCAGCACAGUGACCAGAAUAUUAGCAACAAUGUGAAUACACAUGUAAUUAGAAAUCCAGAUGUUGAAAGACUGAAGGAGAAUACAAACCAUGAUGACAGUAGCAGGGACAGUUCUUCUGAUAGAUAUUUGUCACAGUACCAUGAUCAUCAUAAGGACAGGUAUCAGGGAGAUGCUUAUAAGAAAAGCGACUCAAGGAAAAGGUCCUAUUCAGGCUUCAGCAAUGGAAAAGACCACAGAGACUGGGAUCACUAUAAACAAGACAGCAGAUACUAUAGUGAUAGUAAACAUAGAAAGCUGGAUGACCACAGGAGCAGAGAUCACAGGUCAAAUCUGGAAGGAAGUUUAAAAGACAGUCGGCCUCAUUCAGAUCACCGUUCCCAUUCAGACCACAGGAUACAUUCAGAUCACCGUUUCACUUCAGAGUACAGCCAUCAUAAAUCUUCCAGAGAUUAUAGGUACCACUCAGACUGGCAAAUGGACCACAGAGCUUCUGGUAGUGGCCCAAGGUCACCAUUAGAUCAGAGGUCUCCUUAUGGUUCAAGAUCUCCUAUAGGACACAGAUCUCCAUUUGAACACUCAUCAGAUCACAAAAGUACACCUGAACAUACAUGGAGUAGCUGGAAAACAUAACAAAGACUAUUUUCCGGACCUUCUUUUAGCCAUAUACAGUAAACUAACACAGUAAUUGCCUUAUGUGACUUGAAAGAUAUGGACUGGAUGUUCUGUCGCUAGCAGUAUUGUUACUUCUUUCCAGGAUGCAAGGUCUAUUAUCCCAACAAUAGAAAAAUAUUUUUGUAUUUAAAAUUUAUGCUGCACUGUGCUACAAAUGUUGUGGCAGGUGGGGGGUUUUUUCCCCUCUUUAAGAAAUGGAAAAUGUUUACUUUUACAGGGACCUCAACACUGCCCCAUUCAGACCGGAUCUCAUAAAACUGUUUUUAGGGUGAACACAGUUUAAAUUAUGUUUGCAAAUGAAUUUUUAAACACUGACUGAUCAUGUUUCAGGGAGAAAUAAGGAGUUUGUUUUGUUUUCUUAAUAAAGAAUUCUCAAGGACAUUUGUUCACUUUUCAAAGCUAUUUAUUUACAUUGUACACUGCAACCACCUUGCUGCUUUUCAUCACAAGUUUGAAUAUUUAAGUUCUGUACCUAUAACUGUAAAAUAGCCAGGAUUUCUCCUGUUUGUGAUCAGUUAUAAUAAUGCCUUUUUUCAAAAUAAAAUAAAUGGCUGAAAAUUUUUGCAAACCAAUUACAUGAGAUUUAUUUUUUUUUUUGCUUGUUCCUUUCCCCACCUACUCAGUUCUUAUCACAGAGUCAGUAUACUAACACUUUUUAAUAAAAUAUCUUUAUGAAAUCACUGUUCAGAAUGCAAAAAUGGGGACAGGAACUUUUUUAUUCCAUUCAGUGCCCCUUUUUUAUCGGGUGCUUCAGAUACAUGUUUUGGAUAUGUUUUUCUAUUAAACUGUCAAUAUUGUGAUUUGUUGUAAUGAAAUGUUGGGAAAUAUUAAGUUAAACUGUGAUCUGAAAAGGGUUUUUUUUCAGUCCAUAGGUUUUAAAGAAGGAGUGUUCAAUAUAUGAACACUUUUGAAUCCAAAUCAGACAAAAUUUAUUGGAAAUUAAUUGUUUUCCCUCAUGAAAUGGGCAAUAAUGUCAAAUGCGCUAUGCAACCAGUUAAUAUUUUAGAUUUUAAUGACUUUCUAUUACUAGAAUUAUUACAGUACACACUGAUUGUACUUCUGUCUGACAAAUUAAAUUUAAAAUUAAAUGUGAGUUCAUGUUUUCUGCUGGUGUUUUUCUACAGUAUACAUCUUUCUCAUUUAACCAUAAAAAUAUUAAACUCUAAGUACUAAAUACACAACAUAAUUAGGGAAGAUAAAUGUCUAAUAUCAUGUGGUUGGAGCUAAUAUGUUACUCCAAUUUUAAUUCAUCUUGUAAUGUGUUGAUCAUUUUUUUCCAAUUAGCCAGGGUUACAUGAAAGCAUUAAAAUUGAACCAAAACCUGUUCAGAAUACUUAUCUGUUAUGAUCUCACUAUGAUACAUUUAAGCUAAUUUAAUGUAGGUUGCAACUCAGAUAAUGAAUGCUUCUUCAUUUCUUAGCUGUCACCUUCCCAGGGUUGGGAGGUUUUUGAACUCUGCUUUUGAGCUUAAUUACUGAAGCAAUGUUUAGCUAGUGGUGGCUAGUAAGGUCGUGUGUUUGUGCUAUGCAUCUUCUUCUCGUGGUGAAAAUCUAGAAGUUGGAGCAUCCACAUCCACUGCCUAGAUCUUAUAGUUUGGAUAGUUAGCUGGAAUCUUGGAUCCACUAUAAUACAUCAGUAGAGCAGUCCCACUAAGUCUGCUUUACUAUCAGUAUAGAUAGACAGAACAUAGUUGGUGGCUUUGGUUAGAAUCUUUGCUAAUUAGUAUAUUUAGGUUGUGUUAACUUUAAUCAUGUUAUAACUGUUUAAAACUUUACUGAAUGCAGAGGGGAAUGAAGUUUGAUGGUAGAGGUGUUCUUCGUGGCUUAUGAGACUGACUGUUAUGGGAUUCUACUUAAUAGUAGGAUAUGCACCAUAUCCUCUGCAAAUAAACCAUUUAUAAUUCAUUUUUCUUGCAGAUGUGGUGGUUAGACCUUGUCUGGAUACCAGGUGCCCACCAAAGCUAGUCUAUUGCUCCCCCUCCUCAACUGGACAGGGGAGAGAAAAUACAACAAAAGACUCAUGGGUUGAGAUAAGGACAGGGAGAGAUCAGUCACCAAUUGCCAUCAUAGGCAAAACAGACUCGACUUGGGGAAAUUAAUUGAAUUUAUUACCAAUCAAAUCAGAAUAGGAUAAUGAGUGUAAAGUAAGAUAUGCAGGUAUCCCCAGAAAUGCCAAGGUAGUGGAAAGAAUUCAAAAGUUUAUUUAGAAGACCAGAACACAGGAAACCUACAAAUACCUGACAGUCCUGUUUAAGCACCAGGUCCCAGGGAGAAAAAGACAAACAUCCUGUUCACUCAUCAUUGCUGACCCCCCGACUCUCCCCAGGCCACCAUGGCCCUGUAGCAUUUCUGCAAGCAUUAUCUCGCUCCUCUCACAUAUCAGAGAGGUAGGCUGAGAACUUCUCUUGCUAUGCGGCAGGGGGGAAAAGCAUUGAAACUGCCUUUGAGAAAGAGUUACCUUUUGAGCAGAAAGCCUUCCUAAGUGAAAACAGUUUCUAGCUUUCCUGUUACAAAUUCUUCUGAAAGCACUACUCCUACAUGAGAAGUAAAACCAAACCUUAAAAACACCUUCCUCCCACCCCUUAAUUCUUCCUGGGCUUAGCUUUUGUCAUGGUUUUGCCCACCAGCCCAUGCCUGGGGCUGAGGAUGGUUUUGUCCGGGUAAUUUCCAGACAAAAAAACCAAUCAAAAAGUUCAGUUCAGGCUAAACAACCCCAGCUCCCUCAACCAAGUGAAGAAUUUUCUCCCUUCCCCCCUGGUUAUCAAGAUAAGCACUUCAGAAUACAAAAGACCUAGCCUCAUGGCUGAUGGCCGGACAUUAGUUUCCUAGGGAACAAGGCAGAUAAGGACUUGCACUUUACUUUUUUCUCUUGUCUCCUGGGCAACGAGGUGGGAGGAGUUGGGGGGAGGCUACGGUGUGGCUGUGGUUGGGACGAAACACUUCAUCGUCGGAGAAGCUCGCGGCUGUCUCUUUUUGCCCUGAACCCUUGCCAGUUGCAGGGUUUUUUUGCCUGAGGUGGAUUCUAAUUAGUCGGAGAUUGUGAGUUUUCUUCCAUUGGGAGAACUUUCUGUUUUAUUACUGGGGUUUUUUUUCCUUCCCCCUUCCCCCCCCCCCCAUUCCCUCUCUCCCAGUGUGAGAAGGGAAGGGGAACCGAGGGUUUUUUUGGGGUUUGGUUUGGUUUUUUUUUUUCCCUCCCUCUGACAUACCUGGAGAGUAUUGUUUGGUUUUUUUUCCCCCAUCCCACGGGGCGGUGACUAGGGAUCCCACAGCGCCACCUGGUGACGGGCACUGGACAUUACAAGUUCUACUCCUCCAGUGAUCCAACAGCGCCACCUGGUGACUACAAUAGGACACUACAAGUCAUGCACCUCCAGUGACCCAACAGCGCCACCUGGUGAAUGAUACAGGACAUUACAAAUUUUGCAUCUCCAGUGACCCGACGGCGUCCCCUGUUGACUGUGGUUGGAACUGCAUCAAAGGGUGAAAAAAUUGAACUGUUUAAUUUUCCUUUUGCCAGUUUAUCAGUUUUGUUCUUGAAGGGGAUUAUUGGUGGGUAUAGGAGUAUUGCUUGGUUGUUUUAUUUGUUUUUUCGUGUUCCUGCUAAUACAUACCUUUUAAUAAAGGGUUGUUUUUUUCCCUUUUCCAUAAUUUGUUUUCCUU